GUAAAUACACAGCCACUGCUAAGAUAGGAAGAGCUAUCAUGAGAGACUACAGAGAGAUUUAUGGGAGUGAUUAUAAGAAUGGGCUCAAGAUUUAUCUUCCUAAGAGUGUCACUACAGAGCUUUAUUCGAUCCGGUUAAAGUUGGAGGAAACAUUUAUCAAUGUUAGAUCAAUCAUGAUGAGCAACCCUCAGUCUUCAUUCAUUGAUGAUAUCAAACGUGUACUGGGUGGAUACAACAAAGGAUUAAAGCCUCGGCUAGCUCAGUGUGAAGAUGUCCAUAACAUUCUACAAUUAGUACAUGAGAACAGUUCACUUGAUGAGAUUAGUGUGCUGGAGGUUCUUGUUAAUGAGUUUAAUAUAGCGGAGGCUACGGCAGUUAUUGAGGAAUAUAAAGGAGCUGUUGAGAAAUUAAAAAUGAAACUUCGUCAAUUUUUGGAAGAAGAGCUUUUUAAAGUUCCAUCACUACUUGACUAUAUUACAAUUGUCAUUGAUAAAGAUACUAGCUAUUCAGUACUUAAUGGUGUACAGAGAUUGUCAUCAGCUUUAUUAUCACAUUACAUGUACAUGUAUGUCAGAGUAAAUGUCAUUAGAGGUGAUAUUAGUGAUGGUAGUAUGUGGGACGAUAGUAAACAAGACUCAUUGACUGAUACUUACGUGGGCCCUACUGUACAAAGUAAAGAUACCUGCACACUAACAACUGAAGUACCAGCAGGAACAGCAGAAAAGGAUGAGGAUCAAGUUAUGUUGCUACAGGAGAAAGUUGAAAGUAUUCAAAAGGAACUGAAGGAAGAAAAGGAACUCCAUAAAAAAGAGAAACAAUUUCAUGAACAAGUUACACAAAAAUAUAAAGAAGAAAUACUUCAACUGAAGGAGGACCUCAUUCAAAAAGAAAAGAGACUAGCAACACUUACUGAACAAGAGGAGGAAGUUGGAGACUUGAAACACAAGACAGAGCAAUAUGAAGAAUUAAGAUCAGACAAUGAACUUACUCAUAAACAACUGGAGGAACUUCAAGAAAAGUUAAAGGAAGAAAUAAAAACGUCCUCCAGUUUAAUGAAACAGAAUCAAGUUGCUCUAAGAGAGAAAGAGGAAUUACAAAGAAAGAUUGAUGAUCUUCAACAAGAAUUAGAACUACAGCAAGCCAAAGAUCACAAGGAAGUAUCAGGUACAGGUUUACAUGAAUUACCUACUGGACAAUAUACAAUGAAUAAUGAUGAAGAAUAUGAUAUUAAUGUAAAAGAUUCAAAUGAUGAAGUUGAGACUCAAAUUGAAACUGAAAACAAAGAAAUACAAACAACACAAACAACUCUUGACAAAGAAAUUCAGUUCAACUAUCUUGUACCAUCACAAGAUAAUUUGGAAGGUCUGAGUGAGUCCCAAAUAGCAGGGAAGAAGUUGUUCUUAGUUCAAGGAGACAAACCUCAACUGAUGAACUGGGAGGAGUAUGGACUGAGGAUUAGUAUAACAGAGGGCAGUCUAUCAGCAUCAGAGACUGUAGAAGUAUCAGUACUAGCUCUUGUAGGAGGACACUUCAAGUUUCCUGAUAAUACUAGACUAGUGAGUGCAGUGUAUGCAAUAUCAACCAGUCCACUCCUCAAGUCACUGAGGAUAGAAAUGCAAAACUGUAUUGAUCUCAGUGAUCCUUCUUUAUCCAAGUAUCUUAAAUUUGCUGUUGCUCCAGUUCACACAGCUAGUCUUCCUUACCAGUUCUCACUAAUUGAAGGAGGGGAGUUUCCAGCAUACCAGAGAUAUAGAUGGAUUGAAUGA